UGCUCACUCCCCAUCACGCUUCAGCUUCACUGCUACCACUCAGCUCGAGCUGCAUCCGGCCGAGGGUAAAAUACUGCUAGUCUAUUAGCAACUGACACCAAAAAAAAAUCCUACUUUAAGGAUCUAGGCGCUCGCGCGCGGCCGCCGGAGAUGGAUCGGCAGCACCACCGGCUGGUGACCGGAACGCGGGAGGCGGCGGCGACGGGGGACGCGCCGCCGUCCUACAUCGGCGCCGGCGGCGUGGACGUAGUCUCCCGCGACGCGGCGGCGCAGGCCCUGGGCGCCGUGGUCCAGCUCCACUUCGACAAGACCGUGGAGAAGAAGCGCGGCGCGGACGCGCAGAAGCAGGAGCUGUGGCGCCUCUACCUGGCCUUCCUGCUGGUGCUCUCCGUGCUGCUCUCCGGCGUGGCCGCCUCGCCGCCCGGCCGCCUCCAGUGCCGCCACCUCUGGGCGCCCGCGGGGCUGCUCUCCCUCGCGCACCUCGCCUUCUACGCCGCCGUCGCGCACCACCUCCGCUGCCUCAACGGCUUCCGCUACCAGCGCCGCUGCCACAAGCUCACGCUCGCCCUGGCCGCCGACCGCCUGCGGAUGCUCAAGUCGGCCGGGGAGGUCGUGGCGGCGGCCGACGUCGAGGUGCCCUACCAGGAGCCGCAUCAGGGGUACCUGGGCAAGUUCAGGCGCAGCUGGGCCGUCCACUUCGCCUUCCUCAUCGCCACAUUUGCGUUCUCCGUCGCCGCCGCAGUCGCCAUCCUCUGCUUCUAGGCUCCUGUAGCUCAUUCUCUCUGUUCGUUCACCUUAGGCAAGAACCUCUGCUUCUAGGCUCUAGCGGUCUAGCUCCGUCUCUACCCCACCAUUAGCUCCUUCUCUCUUUCUGUUCAGCUUAAUUACUAGCAAGAAUUGGAUCGAUUGAUGUGUGUGCGUGUGUAUUAGAAGAAGAAUGUUCUAAACAGUUUGAGAACUACUACUAGAUUUGAAGGAUCUUAA